CCCAAGCCGCCGCGGAAGAGACAGCGGAGGAGCCCAUUAUGGUCCACCACGGUCAAAGCAGAGGGAGCCCUGUCGCAACGGCUAGUCGUGUCCGAUCCUCCCCUCCCCUCUCCGUCGAGUCCCCGUCGCGCCGUCCCUCCGAUCCCUCUUCGCGCCCCCGCGCCGCCGAGGACCCAGCAGCCACGGCGAAUCCAGCACCGGCGGCGGGAGGGAAGCCGUUCUUGCAGGCUAUGCCGACGGUCACCGAGGAGGCGCCGCCGCCGCUCCGUGCCGUCCAGAUGGAGGACGUUGCUAUGUUGGCGUGGGAUUGCCUCAACCGAGAUGAUGAUGAUGAAGAGCUCCUGAGAUUACUGGGAAAUCAAACUCCUCUGCGAGACUGCCAUGCCUUCCUUGACAUUGGAGAUAUCACCUGCGCGGAGACACUGGACCCGGAGGAAUCUCGGGAACCGAAGCGGCGACGCGUAUUGGAGUAUCCUUCUGAGGUUAAUCAGCCAGAUGGUCGAGAUCAUGAAAUGGGUUCUAAUUUUGUCACAUCUGAGGUAACAGAGACUUCACUGAUUUGCACUGAUGAACCACAGAGCUUAAACUGGGAUAUGCAGCAAGAUUCAGAUAUUUUAGAUAUGAUAAGUUCCUUAUCAUAUGGUGCACCCUACGAGCCAUCAGAUAAUCAGUUGGAAAAUUACUCUGAUGGAGCUACUGUCUACUACACGCCUGAUCAAAUGACUCCUAGCCAGGAGAGCGUUACAUAUAUGGAUUAUCAAACUGAUAUGCCAGGUUCAAGUGAGAUUGCACCGGCGACAGAGAAUAUCAUAAUGCAGGAGACUAGCAAACUUUCUGUGCUAAAAGUAUCUAAAGGAGGAAGCUCGAUGAUCAAGAUGAAGCAAAAUUUAACUACAUUUAUGACAUGUCCUUUUACCCUUAUAAAACCAUAUUGGGAAGAAGGAAACAUCACUCUGAAGGAUAUAAAUCAGCUAAUCCAUGCUCCUCCGAAGCAGCCUCCAGAAAUCCUGGGAAUGUCAGCUUUUUCUGGCAAGCCAGUCAUUGGCAAGAGCAGAAUCAGAACAGAAAGGGGGUAAAGACAGCAUCACAAUACUAAGAACGAAGGGCUGAGGACGCCACAACUUAUUUAACAGGCCAUUCCCUCGAUUGCUUUCAAGAAUUUGGUCUUCUUGUGCAGGCCUCUAUAGCUUUUAAUUUUUCUUGGUCACAAUUGUGCUCCAUGUGUUCAGAGUUACCAUGGAUGGUUAACCCUUUUUCCAAACAUCCAGCAUUCUUCUUGUGUGUUUUAGUGGCAUGCGGCUAAUGAUGUAUGCGGAAAUUUAUGUUCAGAGUGCCAUCUGGCAUUCCUUCCUUAA